AUGUUAGCUUCAGGGAACAGCAAAAACCUGAAGAGUGUUACCGGAAUAAUGGAACAAGAACAACAUGAGAGAAAUCGAGGCGUUGUGAAAGAGGACUUGAUCAGUGAGUUGCCUGAAGAGUUGCUUCUACAUAUAUUGUCGUCUCUUCCAACAAAAAGAGUGAUAGCCACGAGUGUUUUGUCUAAACGAUGGAGGUCUCUUUGGAAGAUGGUACCCAAACUUGAGUUUAACUCUAACUUUCAUUAUACACAUCAAUUUUCGGAGAAUGUUGGCAGGACUCUGUUUUCACACAAAGCUCCGGUUUUGGAGAGUUUUCAUCUCAAAGUUAGUGGUAGAUAUAGCCAAAGCCGUGCAUGUGAUGAAAUAGAUAUUGGAGUAUGGACUGAAAUCGCAUUUGAACGUCAUGUGCGUGAGUUGGUGCUCGAGCUUUGUUCAGAAAGGUGUGUUAGAUUUCCAAUUAGCAUGUUUAGCUUUAGUACUACACUUGAGACCUUGAUUCUCAAGUAUUCGGUUCUUGUGGAUGUUCCUUCUCCAGUUUGUAUGAAGUCCCUCAGAACUCUGCACCUUGAGUCUGUGGAUUUCAAAGACAGUGAAUCUAUUCGUAACCUUAUAUCUGGCUGUCCUAAUCUUGAAGAAUUGGUCAUUUAUCAAUGUUACCGUAAGGACGUUGUACUGACAUUCACUAUAGUGGCACCAUUCUUGAAGAGGCUAGUGAUUACAGAUUACUUUGUUGGAUCAGAGAACGGAGGCUAUGUGAUAAAUGCUCCUUCUUUGAAAUACUUGACACUUAAAGGGGUUAGUCAUUACGGGUGUUGUUUGAUUGAGAAUGUGCCAAUGUUAGUUGAGGCAAAAAUUAGAGAAGUUUCUUAUAUAGCCAAUGAGAAUAUUGUGGGAUCUCUCACUUCAGUCAAACGUCUUUUCUUGGACGUAUCACCCUUGGAGAUUAAGUUUCCGACUGAUAGUAUCUUCUAUCAGCUAGUCCAUCUAAAGAUGCAUACACGUAGAGAGGAAUGGUGGAAUCUACUUAUGCUCAUGCUUAAUAGCUCACCUAAACUACAAUUCCUUAAGCUCACUGAUGAAAAACGCAAGUUUAGAAAACGUGGUUUGGUCGGCCGGAAAUGGAUUGAACCAAAGAAUGUUCCUGAAUGUUUGUUGCCUCACCUAAAGAUGUUUGUGUGGACAAGAUACCGUUGGGAAAGUGAACUAGAGAAAGAAGUGGCUACAUACAUUCUAAAAAAUGCAAGACAAUUGAAGAAUGCAAGUUUCUCAAGAAGACCUAUUCAUUCCAAAGAGCACCACAAGUUGGAAGAGAGAUGUAAGAUGGUCAAGGAGUUAGAUGGUGUUGUUAGGGCUUCAAGUUCAUGCCACCUUGUCUUCGUCGUAGAUAGCGUAGAAUGA